CGAGAUACAGCACUGUCCACAUGGGAUCCCUAUUGCCGACAAAGCACACAGCGACAUCCUCUCCAAAAUAGAGGGACAUUUCUCCGACUUCUGGCAGAAAUUAACACGCCUUUUGCUCCAGCCCUCUCUACCACACAAAGAAGCCUACUUACCCAAAAGCUCUCCACCUAAGCACCUAAGAAGAUCAGUGCCGAGCCUCAAAAUGGCGCCGAAGACAUCACCCAAGCGCACUCAAGCAGGACCACAACCACGACCUAAAAAGCUGAACAGUGCGACACGCAAGUCACGAACCCCAACCUACCGGAGCAUAGGCGAUGUCAGGCA